UUGUCCGCGUUACGAACCUACUUCUCGUUUCACCACUCUUCACCACGCUUUAGGCGCUCGCUUCGACGAUAACGUGCUUGCCUUUUAUUUUUUUCAUUUCUACGAUCUGGAACCUUUCCCCCCCUUGCCUAUCUCUUUCUCACUCUCUCUCUCUCUGUCUCUCUCUAAUACACACUGUCUCUCUCACGGUCUCUCUCUUUCCCUCUCUUUCGUUUACUCCCUGUUCUCCCCCUUCAUUCGGUCGUUUCCUCUCGUAGACUCUCUUUCUCACACUCGCUGUUCCUUGUAUUCCUUUUUCGCGUUCUAUUUCUCUCUCUUUCUCUUUCUGGCUCGCGCUCUCGUUCUCUCCUUCUCCGUUCCUCCCUCUUUUUCCCCCAUUAUGUGUUACUCUCGAGAGAUCUCUGUGCGCUUCAUCGACGAUGUAAACAGAGCGAUAGCUUUUGGAUAAAAUUCGUUCAUCUCUCGGUCCGUUUGAUGUGUCGUUUGCGCGUGUAUCCGUGUUACGUUACCGUUGCCAUUGUCGCUACCGUUGUGCAUACACAAAAGUGACGCGCGUGUACCCGAAAUACGCGCGCAUCGACGUACAACGACGCGUAACGUAUCCUCGAUGACGGUUCCAUCGACUGCCGGGAAUGAUCUUCGUAGCUGUGUAAUUAUGUAUAAAGUGUAAUCACACUUACAAGGAUCGUUGGAUAUGAACAAGCUGGCAAUCAUGGGAGUUUCACCGACACGUAUAAAGUUUAAUUAUUGUAUGCAUUAAGAGGGACAUGGUUUAUAAGAGUACAAACGAAGUCGACCAACGAAAAAAAUCAUAAGGAAUGGUAUUCUAUUGGAUUCUAUUGGAUGUUAGAUAAGCCAAAAAAUGUCCGGUGAUUCAGGAUGGAGCGCUGUUAUUCACCAUCCUUCGGAGUUAGAACUACAGAACUGGAAUUGGGAAGAAAACGAUGGGGAGCAGGAAAGAGAACUUCCUUCAACCGUUGACAUGGAUGCCAUAAAAGGUGGAGGUAGUUGGGAUCCAACCACUGAACCUAAUGGAACACAUUCUGUCGAUUCCGAAGAAGAUUCAGAUUCCGAAGACGAAAGUUCUGGUGGUACAGAAGGCAGUUGCUCUUAUUCGGAUUCGAAUUCGGACUCAGACGACGAAAGCAGCGGUGACGAAGAAGAGGAAGAUACAGGUUCAAAUUCGGAUUGCACGUCUGAGCACAGCGAACAAACGUUCUCCAUUCAAGAAACCAAUUUCGAAUCGGGAGCGCUUAAACUAAAGAUCACUAUGAAAGGUCCGAAAAAAGAAGAUUUGGAAAAAACCCGCUGCGAGAAGACCAGAAGAAAUUUAACAAAAAAGAUUAAAGCAAAUUGCGAGGCAAAGUCGUCGGAAUGCAGCAGCGACGAUUCAGAUUCGUCGGAAAGUCGCCUACCGUCGUCCGAUUCACAGCAACAACAACAACAACAACCGCAACAGCAACAACAAGUACAACAACAGGAACAACAACAGCAGCUGCAGCAGCAGCAACCACAGCAACAACAACAGCAGCAGCAACAACAGCAACAACAACCACAGCAACAACAACCGCAACAACAACAACAUCCGCCGCUUCAAGAAAUAAAUCAGGAGGAUUUAGCGGCUAUUUUACCGGACCAAGAGCAUGAAGAUGCUCCAUUUGAUGGUUUCGAGGAUUCGGAAAGCGGUCGACUGGUAUCGAAAGCUAUAGAACGUAUGUCGCUCGGAGCUGAUUCGGACACAAGUGAGAAUGGUGAUCAAAAUCCUGUACCUGUGUAUAGUUCCACUUUGUUGCAACAGUUCGUCGAGAAAACAGCUUUGUUAUCGGAACCACGGAAGAGACGGAGCAAAGCGAGCAAAAAAUUAAACGAUCCAGAGUAUCCUUGCGCUUCGAACGUCUCUCCGGAUUCGGGGAUACAGUCGGUGGAUAACAGUCCGCUGCACUUGGCGAUUAGCCCCGUGAGUCCGCCAGCUCCGACGCAAUCGCCGAUCCAAACUGUCGUCCCGAAACCGGCGGUGAACGUGGAUCGAGUUCUAUACCCGCCGAAGCGUAAACCUGGCAGGCCCGCGAAAACGGUGUCCACACAACCGCGCGGUCCAGGUAGGCCGAGGCUGAAGCCAGAAAUCGUAGAGAAGAUCGAGAAGAUAGAAAAGGCGGAAAAGAUCGAGAAGAACGAGAAGAAGGAUGCGACGUCUGCGCCGCAGCAAAAGACUUCGAAAGAAGAGCCGAACAAAAGAGGCAAAUCGAAGUCGGCCCAGCAUAAAACUGGUGCGAGCCGAGAGGAGAAGGAAGAAGAAGGUGACACGACGAAGAAAUUAAAGGAGAAGCCAAUUUGCCAGAAGAAACGUAGUUGUAAUGUUUCGAAACAAUUCUCGCAGGGGAGGCUAAGCGGGAAACGAAACAACGCGGGUUCUCCCUCACGCGUUAAGUGCCUAAGUAGAACUGUUACGAGUAAGUAUGGGAAGGAUGCGAGUCAGUGCGACGGGAGAAUGUGCAAGAAAAUGAGGAAAGACAAGCCGAGCGUGAACAACAAGUCCGCGACGCCGUUGCGCCGGCAGAAGCAGUCGUCUUGCGAGAGGAUGGCGUCCGACAGGAAGCCGAUCAAUUCCGGCAGAAGGAGUUUGAAAGAGAACAGAAGCAACUCUGCCCCGUCGUCGAAGAGGCAGGGUUUGUUGAAGAAGAACGUCGCGCCGGUAACACGACGCGUCUUGAAAGAGAACAAAAACAGCAAAAGGACGUCGACCACGUUCGAAACAAACGGCGUCGGUGUGCAGACCCUGAUCUCAUUGCCGGUUGGCCAGGUACUGAAAUCGGAGAAGGUCGAGCGACCCAGCAACAAAUGCGACAAAGCUACACAGCCUAUACACAAUCAUUGUCACAAACAUCACCAUCAUCACAAGCACCGACGGCGGUUGCCGUUGAACCCCCCGAAGAAUCCGAUCCGGAUCGAUCCGUGCAUCAUUCAAGAGCUGGAGAAACUGAUCGAGGAGUUCUCCAGAUCCUGCAGCCUGGGUCGGAACAACGCGAGUGUCGGUUAUUCCGAGUUACCGCAGAUUUUCCGCGUGAAAAAGCUAACGAAGAAGAGGAAAGGCGACAUCGCGUCGAGCGACGAUCAGAAGUUGAAGAGACGCUCGAAGAAGGAGAAGGUGUUGCCAAUCGACUCGAAGAGCGGCGUGAACGCGACCGCGAACUCGAACCCGAACGAGCAGAGGCUGCCGUUGAAGAAGAGGCACUACCAUGUCUCCAGCCCGCAUAGUUCUCAAAGCUCGAACUCGAGUUCCAGCGAUCCCACCGCGAACGAGAGCAACUGUACCGAGAGCCACAUAGAAGAGGCCAUCGAAGCCACGAUCACGAGAUACGGGGGCGGAAGUUCCGCUUCUUCCUCCCAAGAAGACGCUGUACCUGUUACGCCCAAGAAGAGGCACAGAGACACGGAAAACUCGAGUCCAGAGAAAUCGGUGGCAGCCUCGUCCGAGUCCCCGGAUGAAAAGCCGCUGAGUCAAGCGGACGUGCAGCCGCGUCGGAAGAAGAAGAUAGUCAAAGAUCUUAGGGUCACGGUAACGAAACUUCCCGUCGAGAGCAGUCACAUGGAGAGAGCCGAGAAACCUGAGAAAAUUGACGGGAAGCCGGAGAAAUCUUCGGAGAAGUGCGCGAACGACAAGAGCUCGAAAGCACACGGUACCGACAAAGGCUGCAGUAAGGAGAAGAUGAUCGCCGAGAAAUUGAUCAAGUCCGAUAGAAAUCAAGACAAGCUCGACAAGAACGACCAUUCAUCGGAACACGUUCGCCUCGAGAAGAAUAUAAAGACCGACGCGGCGGAAUUUCACGCGACCGAGAGUUACGAGGAGAGCGAGACCGCUAGCGAGAGCAAACCGCCGCGAGACAACGUUGCCCCAAACCUCGCGAACCCCUUGAACUCCGCCGCGGCGUUGGUCCUCACGAAGAAGAAGAUGAGGCGGCGCAAGGCGAUCAAUCGUACCGGUUUCCCGACCUUGAAGAAGAAAAAGAAAAAGAAAAGAUCGUUGAGCACCAGCGAGGCGUCGACCAGCACAACGGCGAAGGCCGCUUUGACCAGCGACGACAACGCAGAACUGGACGCGGAUCUCGACGGCGAUCAGAAUUCGUCUAAGGAAGGGCUGGAGGACGCCAUCGAGGAGAGCAAGCCGAGCGUGUUGAGCCCGGACAUACAGGAGACGAUCUCGUCGAACGAACAGCUCAACAGGCACGCGAAUGAUCUUGGGAACGACGGGAACGACGGGAACGACGAGCAAGAGACGCAUGCGCCGGCGAAGCUCGGCAGCGGUUUGAAUCUGGAGGACUCAGACUCGACGAAACAGGAGAACUCGUUCGGGCACGCUUGCGCGAACGAGGUCACCGAGUCUCGCGCCGGUCAGCUGAGAGUUCGGAAGGAUCUCGUGGAAACGGAGAGCGACGAGAAUGCCGCGCAGAAGUUCUGUCCCGUCAAGUUCGAGAAGAUUCAAGACCCAAGAACCUACGACGAGAACGCGCCACUGGAGGAGUCCCUCGGGAGGUACGAGACGGCUCAACAGCAGCGAUGCGUCGUGGAUGCGAUAGAAGAAAACACGAAGCAUCUCCCUGAACGGUCGACGUCUCAGGCGAACAUCAAGACCGAGCAUUCUGCUCCGUUGAACGGAAACAGUCAGAAGAAGCGGCGCGGUUCUUCGAGCCCCUGCACCCUCGCGCCGAGGAACAUGAAGCGGUUGCGUAGCUCCGGUUACGACACGGAAAACGACAAUUCGUCUAACAACAACGUUCUCGUGCGCGGUGAUUCCGAGGGCGGCAAACACUCGAGCGCGACGCACACGCGGAAGAAGCAGUCCAGAUGGAAGAAGCGUUAUUUGCAAGGCGGCGUGCUGCAGGAUUACGGGGGUAAAGAUUGCGAGUCGAAGACGCGAAGCGGCGGCACCGGCAGCAGCGGCGUCGACACCAUCGGGAAGAGCAAAAUCACUGGCGAGACGAACGACUCCGCGUCUGCCGUCCUCUUGUCGGCUUCGUAUCAAUGCGGCAAAUUUCUGCGACAAAGGAAGAUGUCGUUUCAGUUGCCGUACGAUCUGUGGUGGCUUCACACGCAGUCUAGGUUACCUAGCAGGGAAUCGGUACCGUCGUGGAACUACAAGAAAAUUCGCAUGAACGUUUAUUACGACGUGAAACCGACUACGCUGUACGAGUCCCAAGCGUGCGAGUGCAAACCGGAGAGCGGCUGCGGCGACGAUUGCAUCAAUCGCAUGGUGUUGAGCGAAUGUUCCCCGCAGCUCUGCCCCUGCGGGGACAAGUGCGCGAAUCAGAAGAUUCAGAAGCACGAGUGGUCGCCGGGCUUGCAGAAGUUCAUGACAGAAGAUAAAGGCUGGGGCGUGAGAACUCAGCAAGCCAUUAAGUCCGGUGUUUUUAUUCUCGAGUAUGUAGGGGAGGUCGUGUCCGAGAGGGAGUUUAAAUCUAGAAUGGCGACCAGGUACGCGAACGAUACGCACCACUAUUGUCUACACCUGGAUGGAGGUUUGGUGAUUGAUGGUCAUCGUAUGGGAGGCGAUGGACGCUUCGUGAAUCACUCUUGCGAACCUAACUGCGAGAUGCAGAAGUGGAGUGUCAACGGACACCCGCGUAUGGCGUUGUUCGCCUCGAGAGACAUCAAGCCGGGAGAAGAGUUAACGUACGACUACAAUUUCGCUCUGUUCAAUCCGUCGGAAGGACAGGAAUGUAGAUGCGGUAGCAGCGCUUGCAGGGGUGUGAUAGGUGGAAAGAGUCAAAGGGUACCGAAGACUGUCGUUCCCGUUCCGUCUCAAUUGGAACCGACGGAGAGACGGUCGGUUGGCAGACCGAGGAAGAACGUGCGGAAGUCGAACGCGGUUCAGUCUGUCAACUCUAAAGGCAUCUGCAAGUCUCGCAAAGUGGGCGACCCGAGCCUGCUCCAUGCUCCCGCGUUGAAACCGAUGUCUCAUCAGCAACGAUGCUUCGCGCAGCAACAUCAUUGUUUCCUGCUGAGGAACCUGGAGAAGGUGAGGAGGGUGAAAUCGUCGGUGAACCAAGUACAAAUGCAGAACGGCAAAACGAAAUUCGGGAACGCAAGUACCUUCAAAGAGAAGAGCCCCGGCGACGCUAAGAUCCAGUCGGACGCGUUCUUCUCGCAACUAACUGCUUUGACCAAUACCAACACCCGGACGGUACGGACACGGAGACUGGCGCAGGCGCAAGACGACCCUGAGGUGCAUAAAACCGCGAAACUGGCAAAGGUGUUGAAAGAUUUGUACAGUGUUGUGGCGACGGCUAACGACGAGAACGGACAGCUGCUGUGCUCGCCGUUCGUGGCGUUACCCUCGAAAAGAAAAUUGCCCGAUUAUUAUGAGAAGAUAUCGGAUCCUAUUGACUUGAGCACGAUCGACCAAUGUAUUGGGACGGGUCAUUAUAAAACUGCUGAGCAUUUCGAUCACGACAUGAUCAGACUCUUCGACAAUAACGUCCGAUUUUUCGGGAGAACCUCGGAGCUAGGAAUCGCCGCGGCCAGGCUCAGGAAAUUGUACCUUGGAAGUAAACCUGACUUCGUAAACGCGAUUACAGAGGCGAUAGGGUGUCCUCCGUCUCAAGGUUUCUUGCCUCCCAGAGGGUCUACUGCUGGAGAGGAAGACGUUAUUAGAUGUAUAUGUGGGUUACAUAGGGAUGAGGGUUUGAUGAUUCAGUGCGAACGAUGUCUGGUUUGGCAGCAUUGCGACUGCGUUAAAGCUGAUACUAGCAUCGAGUCGUACCUGUGCGAGAGAUGUCAACCGCGUCCUGUCGAUUUAGAGAUACCGUUGGAAGGGGACGAGGAAGAGGAGGGGAAGAAACACUACGUUACUUUGAUGCGCGGCGAUUUACAGCUGAGGCAGGGAGAUACGGUGUACGUGUUACGAGACACUCCGGAGAAGCAUACAUAUAAAACCAUUCAGAAACCUGAUUACGAACAAAUGGAUAUCUUCAGAAUCGAGAGACUUUGGAAGAACACGGAGGGGGAAAGAUUCGUGUUCGGUCAUCACUAUUUAAGACCUCAUGAAACCUAUCACGAGCCCACGCGGAAGUUCUACGAAAACGAGGUCGUCUGCGCUCCUCUCUACGAAGCAGUACCGUGCGAUUUGGUCGCCGAACGCUGUUGGGUUCUCGAUCCUCAUACUUAUUGCAAAGGACGGCCAGUUGGAUCCACUCCGGAACAUACAUACGUGUGCGAGUAUCGCGUCGACCGCGCUGCUCGAUUGUUCACCAAGGUUGCCAGAGCCAGGCAUCAGGUCUGCACGAAACCGUACGCUUUCGAAACGUUCCCGCAACGCAUUAAACAUUACCGAACGUAUUUGCCCCACAGUCUUGAAGGGAUACAGGUCGGCGGUAAGAUGAAUAAAGAUAAGAAAAAGAUGGGCAAUCAAGAUCUCGAGUCUACUCAAAAGACGGAAUCGAGCGACAGCUCCAAAACACAGAGCAAGGAUCAACAGAAAUCUUCUACGAGUAAGGGUAGGCGACGAUCGAAUGAGAUCUUGACUAUCCCUACACCGGCGACAUCGUAUGCCCAGAGAGAAGAGCAGAGGCGGAGAUUAAAUAAUAUCCUAAUCGGUUUACUGCAAAAGAUGCCGAACAGAAAGGACCCGUUGGAUUUAUCGUUCUUGUUGGAGAGGAACAGACGAAACCGGAAAAGGCCUGGCGGAUUAAAUCCGUGACAUUGGAUUAUACAGCAACGAUAAUGCGGCAUU